CAUUAUACAUAUUAUUAAUUUAUUAUGAUUUCAUAACAAUUAUUAUGACUUAUGAGUACUACUCUAUCUCCACUGUCCACUACUGGAGUAUCUACAAUAGUAGUAUAAUACCGUUGUCCGUUGAUAUUUAGAUAUAUAUUUUGUAAUUAAGUUGUACAAUGACUACGAAACAAGACAUGAAGCGUACACGAACAAAAAACUUUUCAGAACAGGAGAAACAAUUGUUAAUAACAUUAAUAACGCCUUAUAAACAUGUUAUUGAAAACAUUAAAACUGAUGGUUUUAAUAUAAAACAAAAAAACCAAUCCUGGGCAGUUCUCACAUCACAAUUUAAUGAUCGAGUAGAACGUGGGAGUAGAACUGUACAGCAGCUUAAAACACUUUAUGAUAUGAUCAAAAGACAAACCAAAAAGAAUCUCAGUAAUGAAAAGGUGAUAAUGUAUAAAAUAAUGAAACAAAUAACUCAUGAAGAGCAAUGUUUAAUUGUGGACCUAGUACAAUCGCAUCAUUCAGAACUCUUUACUGGUAGACCAUAUGAACAAGAAGAAGCAUGGAUAAAUAUUUGUGAAACGUAUAAUUUACAUCAAACCACAGGGCCAAGGGUAAUGGAGGAAUUGAAGUUUAUUUUUGAUCAUUUGACUAAAGCCGCUAAGAUUGAAAAUAGUACCGAUAAGAUUGGAAGAUAUAAAACUGGUGGAGGAACAUUUACUAAAAGUAUGACAAGUAUCAGCGAACAGAUUUUAGGAGUUAUUACUGAAAGAACUGAACCUCUUGUAAAUAAAUUUGAUGAUGACGUUAGUUAUAUAACUACAGAUAUUAGAAGUACAUGCCAAAAGAGUGCUGAAUAUACACUCAAGGAUCAUCACAACUUAGAAAAUGUGGAUGUGGAAGUUGUACAUUUUGAUGAAAACGUUGAGGCACUUGAUGUUACUUUUGAUAGUUUGGGUUAUACUGGCAGUACUAGAAUUAAUUGGAAUAAUCUCAGUCCUGAAACAAUAACUCAUGACACAACUAAUAUCUCACCACAAUUAAUUACAAAUAAUGCCACUACAAAUACAGCUAAAACCAAGUCAUAUAAUUCUCAUUCAUCAAUCACCCCAUUAAAAGAUACCAUCACUAAAAAACGAUCAUCUCAAAAAAAAAUUUGUGAUGGUUUAGAAGAGUUGACCCAAAAUAAAAUUAAGAAAGUGCAAGAUAAGGGACGUAUUUCAUCAGAGUUAGAUGACAUUAAACUAAAAAAGUCCAAAUUAGAGCUAUAA